GCGCUUAUCGGUUACCUCAAAAUUCCGUCAUCUUGUGUAAUGUGUCGUACACACGUCCGUGCAUGUUUAUGUAUCCAUCGUACCCAUGCAUAGAUACGCAGUCUACACACGUAUCGUGUCGUAAAUAAUAAGUUGAGCAAUUAGAACAAGUAAAGGCAAAAAAACAUUGUGAUAAAUUCUAGUUGCUUAAAAAUUGGCGUUGACCAGCGAUGGCGGAGGAGUCAAACGGGGAAUCUACCUUCGAAUUUGUCGAAAAAAAGACCGACGAAAUGUCGAUAUCCGGAGAAACUGCCAAAACUGAUUCUUCGAGCAGCAUAUCGUCUUCCGCGUCUCUCUUGGCACCUCUCGGACUUUCUUCAUCUUCUGGAAAUUUGCUGUCCAAUGUCUCUCCGCCAAGCGCCUUGCCCAGCUUUGUAUCAAGCUCUGUUAAACUAAUGCCAGAUUCAAGUGGUACUAGCACUGGUGGGAACAAUGAUUCAAUUAAUAAACAACCACAGUCUCAGUCUGGUAUAACGGUGAAGCAACCUCAUCAGGAAACUUAUUACUCUGCCAGUUUUUCACCAGCUAUUCCAUCCAAUGAAAGCACCGAAAUACCACAAGCAACUCAGAGUCAAGAUUUCAACUUAUUUUCAUGGGUAAAAGAAAAUGUUGCGGCAAGUAAAGUUGUGAAAAAAGUCACUGAGACAGCUAAAAGUAGUGUUAACUACAUGCUAACUACCCUGGACCCACAGAUGCAGCAAUUUAUGUAUCCGUACGAUGAAAUUGAGGUUGUAGUUGCCUCUGAUAAAGACAUUAAAGUUGGUCCCAUCCAAGAUGCUUUUGAAUCUGUUUUUGGCCAAGUAAAAGUAUCGGGUGUUGCAGCAGAUUGUUCAAAAGUCGCAGUACAGCCAGUUGGAUUUGCUGCCGGGAUACGUGGUGCUGAAGAGCGGAUUAAUGUUGCACGCAGUAAUCCUUCAGUUGGAAGUGAUGUACCUGUUGUGGCGAUCGAGAACUUUUUACUAGAAGUUAGCCAAGGACAGUGGUACGACUUGGGCGUAAUUGUUUUGAGUGAUCCGAAAAACAAUGUAAACCUUCAAACAUUCACGCAAAUGACACCAGUUCCCAGUCACAUUGUCGCAUCCGCUCAACAAGCAACUCCACCAGAUUACCCUUUCAGAUCUUCAGGAUUAGCCGUUACCAUUGGCAGCUUGAUAGCGGAUAAUUUACAGGUACCUCAUAAUGAAUGGCAUCAUUCGCUGUCCGGAGUUUCUCGACGAGACAUUAUUCAGCUCGCAGCGCAGUCAUUGGUUGGAAUAUAUGUUAAGGCGGUCCCAAGAACUGAAAAAUCGUCGUCAGGAUCGCUACAGUCACUACCGGCACACCCAACAUUCACGUAAAAGCAACAUAUGCUGAACCGUUUUGAUUUUUAUUUAAAAGACGGCAUCUUGUAAUAUACUACAUAUUAGACAACUUAUUAUCAAAUGCCUCCCACGGACUGAAAAAAGCGACCAACAACGGCAAAUAGCUCUUUGUUGACUUACCCAAUAUCCGCCGCUUCGUCAAACUUUGUCGGUAUGUAUUACCGUUUAAGCUAUGCCUAUUUGCAUUUCAAACGUACCUAAAAUCUCGUUACAAAAUUUUAAUACAAACUUUCGUAAUGUGAUUGUUCAAAAUUUGUAUGAUACAUAGGCAACGUAGGUCUCACGAUUAAUGGGGUUCCAUAAAUCUGCGACACUACUAGAAUUAUAAAUAAAAGUAAUAUUAUUGACUGAUCCGAGAUCAACGAGUCAGAAAUAUGUGGAGUUAUGUAUGAUCCAGUGGACUUGAAAUAUGACAUGCAUGUUACGGCAGAAAUUGUUUAGUUUGUAAAGAAAUUAUUGUAUCACUAAUACGAAUAUAUAUUUUAUCUAAUCGAAAUUGCCCGUUCAUCCCUGUUACCUACCUAAUCAGCUUACACGCACAAAAUUCAUCGUUGUGUAACAAAUACAUCAAAAUGAAAAUUGUUUUGAGAAUUCCACCGGCAGUCUACUUUCCAAGCUGUCAUCUAUUAUUUAAUAGUUUGCAGAGGAAAUUAAUGAUUAGAAAUUGUAUACAUAAUAGGGGGGCCAAGAUACGACCAAUUCGAUAUUUCAUUUAUAUCCUUUAAUAUAGGAAAUCUUAAGGUGGGUGUGUGUGUGUAUCAUACAUCUUGUUCAAGCAUACGCAUUUCUCAGUCAUUAAGUUUUCGUUUUUAUUGAAUAAAUGGAAUCAACUGGAAAACUUAACAGAGUAAUAACAAAGAAGCUAAAUCAGAGUAGAAAAGAGUUGCGUAAAAAAUCUACAGAACAGUUGAUACAUAUGUAUAUACGUUUAAACUUUAAAACGGUAUUAUACGAGAAAAAAAUUAAAGAACGAAAUAGGUUUUACUGUGAUUUGUCACUGCUAUUAAAGUAAAGUAUCCAGCGAAGACCAUCUUCGAUUAAUAUUUCAAAGGGUUCCAUAGGUAAUAUAUUAUUAAAAAAACAGCUUUCACACAUUUCAGUAAUAGGUACCACGGGGAAUUGGUAUGGCGUACAUGUCUUUAAAUAAAUGUAUAAAAUAAUCGUCCAUUUUCCAUAUUAACAUGGUUUUUUCCGACAUAAUUACAAUUUCUUUAUUCUUACUUCCGUUUUCCCUUUAUUUUUUGUUUUUAUUUUCUCAUUACUUUUUAUAAUAUUUUGUUUUUAUCACCUUUGCCAUAUAUACCUGCGGUUGCUCUAUGCUCAUGCGUAAGAUAAGUUUUGCGCAAAACAAGAUUGAUAGAGGACCGAUUUUAUGAUUCGAGUAGUAG